AAAAAAGCGACGAGGCAGAGCCUCGCUUAAGCGACACCAUGACCGGGCAGCCAUGCCCAAAGCAGCUUCGAGGUGGACCAUCGCCCCACCUGCUCCCUUUCCCUUUUUCCUCCCUCUCUGAUCGCAUCGCUCCCUCCUUCCUCAUUCACCCAAACGGGCAUCCGCGACGAUGGGCGGCAGCAGCAGGACCAGCCCCCGCCUGCCCAGCUUCUGCUUCAACCGCAUCGCCGCUCGGGUCAGGGUCCGCUCCCCGCCGCCCAGCGAGAGGAAGCCUCCUCCAGCCGACAAUGCGGUGGAGCCCAACCCCGCGGAAGAAGAGGCUGAGGUCGCCGCGAUCGGGCGGAGGAGGAUCAUGAUCGUGGUGGACACCAGCCCGGAAUCCAAAACGGCGAUGCUCUGGGCGCUCUCCCACGCGGUGCAGACCAGCGACUGCGUCGUCCUCGUCAACGCCGUCAGACCAUCCUCCAAGCACGGCGAUCGAUCGAGAGAUUCCAAGUCUCGUGAGCUCCUCCAUUCCAUGAAAAACAUUUGCCAAGCCAAAAAACCAGAGGUUGUUGUGGAGGUAUCCGUGGUGGAAGCGACGGAGCUAGGGGCGGCCAUCCUGGAAGAGGCGAGAAAGCAAGGGGCCUCCCUCCUGGUAAUGGGGCAGAAGAAGAGGUCCUUCACGUGGAGACUGGUCAUGCUCUGGGCCGGCAACAAGAUCUCCGGCAGCGUCGCUGACUACUGCGUGCAGAACGCGACGUGCAUGGCGGUGGCGGUGAGGAGGAAGAGCAGGAGAGGCGGUGGCUACUUGAUCACCACCAAGCGGCAUAAAGAUUUCUGGCUUCUGGCUUGAUUGAAAAUUGAAAUUCGGCUGGGUGUUUACAUAAUUAACUGAUUGAAUUCUUUUGGUGGUGUUUGGUAGAUAUUGAUGUAGAUUUAUUGCACCUCCUUGCGAUCUGCUAGUUUGCCGAUUUGGUUUUUGUUUU